UUGGUUGGACUUGAAGUUGUGGGUACUAACUACUGCUCGCUCUGGAGGAGGACAACCCAUUGGGGCAGCAUGAAGUGUUUCCUUGGGUUCAACAAGCUAGACCUCCGAAUUAACACCCCCGAGGAUGAGUGGGUGUUUAAGGAGGAGCCCCACUCCUCCCGCCGACAGGAAAUCCUCCGAAAGUAUCCGGAAAUCAAAAAACUGAUGGGAUAUGAUCCAACCAUAGCUUACAUAGUGACAGUCGAGGUUCUCAUUCAAAUCUUCAUGUGUUGGUUACUGAAAGAUUCCAACUGGGCCACAAUCUUCAUUCUAGCGUACUGUUUCGGGGGUGUCUUAAAUCAUUCAUUAGGUAGUGCUAUUCACGAAAUUGGCCAUAACCUGGCCUUUGGACAUAGUCGACCGUGGGCCAACCGACUUCUUAGCAUUUGGUGCAAUUUACCUAUUGUAGCUCCAAUGGCUAUAAGCUAUAAGAAGUACCAUGCUGACCAUCACCGAUACUUAGGGGAAGAAAACCAGGAUGUUGAUAUUCCUACGCGGCUGGAGAGUUUCUUAUUCCGCCACCCAAUCACCAAAAUAUUGUGGCUUAUUACCCACCCGAUCAUCCACGCCAUCCGACCCUUCUACAAGAGUCCGAAACCUCUGACCGGGUGGGAAAUUAUCAACACUAUUUGUCAAAUGGCCUUCAACGGACUUAUUCUGUAUUUCUUCGGCAUAAAGUCUUUGACCUACUUGCUAUCAGGAACGUUAAUGGCGCUGGGAUUCCAUCCUCUAGCCGGGCAUUUUAUUUCCGAACAUUAUUUGUUCCACGGAAAACAGGCGACAACCUCGUACUAUGGCCCGCUCAAUUUCAUACUGUUUAACGUUGGUUAUCAUAUUGAACAUCACGAUUUUCCAUACAUUCCGCAUACUCGUCUUCCAGAAGUGAGAAAAAUCGCGGCGGAAUAUUAUGACCAUCCCUACCAUACAUCGUGGGUCAAGGUGCUGUGGGACUUUGUGUUUGACCGUGAGAUGGGACCCCACGCCCGAGGGGUGGGGUACAGGAAGGUCGAUGUUAAAGAGGAAUAAUUAUAUGCAUGUGUAAAGACGUAUACGAUUGCAUAUGUAAAGAUGUGUAUUAUUAAAUAUGAUUGUGGCCAAUAUUUAUUGAAUAUGAGAGCGGAAAUAAUGAAGGAUGGGUGUCCACUGCGUAUUUUCUGUCGUUUCUUGAAUAACUGUACAGAGUGUAUCUUGUAUAAGUCUACGUUUCCUUUGUCUGUUACUUGAGCCUUGUUGGUUAUGACUGUUGUGUGGUUUCUUGGACAAUUCUUUCAUAUUCUAGUUCAUAAUUUACUGAAUAUUUAUUUUCAUUUAAUAAAUUUGUUGCUCU